AUGGCCAGCUGUAACCGGAUCACCAGGACUGUGUCCUGUUCUGGAGUCCAGGUCAUCCCUGGUGUCCAUCCUGACACCCAGCAGCUGUGGCUCGUGAGGACAAAACUCUCUUCUGUUCCUCAAAAUGCUUUUCACAGUUUGUCCAGCAUUUCUCACAUAUUCAUCUCCGACGAUGACGCCAUCAGAUCUGUUGAGAAACACUCCUUCUACAACCUGUCCAGCGUUGCACACAUACAGAUCACUGGUGUGAAAACACUGUCCUACAUCCAUGAAGAGGCUUUCAAAGAUCUGCCUAAUUUAAAAUACCUUGGGAUCUCUAACACAGGUCUCACUUUGUUUCCUGGUCUUCGGUAUAUUCGGUCAAUGAGAGAGGAUUUCAUCCUGGAAAUAGUGGAAAAUGUCCUCAUACGCGUCAUUCCAGCUAAUUCCUUUUUUGGAAUAUCUGUGAAUGCUCUGACAGUCAUGCUGAAUGAUAACGGUGUGAAAGAAAUCCAGCGCUUUGCUUUCAAUGGGAGCAGACUGGAAGAAGUGUACCUUCAGAGGAACCUGGAUUUGAAACAUAUUGAUGAAUUUUCAUUUUAUGGUGUGAUUCAUGGCCCAACUCAUCUAGACCUUUCAGAGACACAAGUGCAUUCUUUGCCUUCAGUAGGUUUGGAGAGCAUUGAAAGGCUCCGAGCUGAAAGAACGUGGACCCUCGAGGCGCUGCCCCCCUCCACCACCUUCCCGCACUUACAGAGAGCUGAACUGACCUUCCCGAGCCACUGCUGUGGCCUGAAAACACUGAAAAGAUGGAGAGGUCUUGAAGCAGUUUUCUGCAACCGGACCUGGUCUGCUUCAGGGAAACUGCAGGAAUCCUCUGUGACAUCAACUCAUCCAGAACAGAAAGUUUCCCAGCGUCUCCAGGACAUCUUUGAUCUCCAAGGAGCUGAAAAUACAGACUACAGUCUGAACAACAGCCUUGUCUGUCCCAACCAGCCAUCUCAGAAGGAAGGUUCCUUCUCUCUGGAUUCCUCUGCAGAACAUCUCAAAGAAGACUUUGAGCCUUCUCUUUGUAACGAGUUUUAUGCAGAUGAUGGACCCUCGUGCUCGCCUGUACCUGACGCUCUCAACCCCUGUGAGGAUGUAAUGAGUACAGGCUAUCUGAGGGUUCUGGUCUGGGUGGUGAGCUUGGUGGCUGUUUCAGCCAAUCUAUUGGUUCUGGUGAUCCUGCUGAGCUGCCAGCAGAAGCUGACGGUCACCCGUUUCCUUAUCGGCCACCUGGCGUUUGCUGACACCUGCAUGGGGAUGUAUUUACUCCUGAUAGCGUCCGUCGACUUCCACACACGCUCUCGUUACCACCAUUUCGCCAUAUCCUGGCAAACAGGAAGUGGCUGUAACGUAGCAGGGAUGUUGUCGGUGUUCGCCAGUGAGCUCUCCGUGUACACGUUGACUUUAAUCACCCUGCAGCGCUGGCAUGCCAUCUUUAACGCCAUGAGGCUGGAUAAAAAGCUGAGGCUGCGUCACGCUGCGGUGCUGAUGCUGAUUGGCUGGUUGAUUUGCGCCAUCAUGGCGGUCCUGCCAGUUCUUGGUGUUAACUCUUACCAGAAGGUCAGCAUCUGCUUACCGGUGGACACGGAGACAGCUGCUGCUCGGGCCUACAUUGUUUAUGUCCUGAUGGUUAAUGUGUUUGCUUUUCUAGUGGUGUGUUUGUGUUACGUCCACAUCUACUGCAUGGUGCACCGCCCACAGACCAGCAGAUGCAACACCACCAUGGCCAAACGCAUGGCUCUGCUCAUUCUCACCAACUUUCUGUGUUUAGCUCCCGUUUGUUUCUACGGUCUGUCUGCAGCUUUCCACCGGCCGCUGAUGACGGUCACAGACUCCAAGGUGCUGCUGGUUCUUUUCUAUCCUCUCAACUCUUGUGUGCACCCAUUUUUUUAUGCCAUCCUAACAAAAGGAUUUCAUCGGGACAUCACGAUGCUGCUGAGUCGGAUUGGGUUGUGCCAGAAGCAGGCGUAUCUCUACCGAAGCUGACUUGUUUGCAUGCACACCAGAAAAUAUGACUAUCUGAUUUCUGGACUAUUCACGUAAUCAUGUAGACAGCAUAAUCUGAUUACAAGUCAGUCAAGUAGGUCAUUCUAGACUUUUGCCCUUUCAGGUAAUUCUUCGCUCGAUGUUUGGCCACCAUUCUGGUCGUGUUUGCAUAUUUUGGGAUGAUGUUUAUAAGAAAGCAUUUCUUUUAAAGAACUUUUAGGUUAUAGUGGCCUAAAAAGUUUUUUUUUUUCUACUUUUUUGAUCAAACAUUCAAAUAUGUAACCAGUCAGAUUAUUUUAACCCUUUAAAUUCAAAUUUCAUGGCAUGAUGUCACUGUUUUUAUGAAAACAAAAACACAAAAACUGAGUUAUUUUACUUAUAAGUGAUUUUGGGUGACCAGGAAUUUUAAUUAAAGAUCAGCUGUAACUAAUUUACAAAAUAUAGAGCCAGACCAGGAUGACGAGUCAGUAGAACAGCAACUGAUUAAGUUCCUACAGUCUAACCAUGUCCAAGUAAAUAAGCAGGACAUAGUAGCCCGCCACCCCCUCCCACAAUCUAACAGAAAAACAAGGGCAGUUUGUACCCAUUACAGUGACAUUUAACAACAGAAGGACUAAAAUCAGCCUAUUAAAACUAGGAAAGGUGCUAAAGAGGACUAAUGUGUAUCUAAAUGAACAUCUUACAAAAACCAAUGCUGAGUUCACCAGGCGUGUCAGACAACUGCGCAGAGAAAAUAAAAUCAAGGGAAAGUGGACCAGAAAGGUUUAUAUACGAAUAAAUGGAUCCCCAGAAACAGCCAACGUCAUGCUAGUAAGAAGCGUAGAAGAUCUAGGAAAGUUCUGAGGAAGAUGAUUUGGUAAUCCUAUGAAAUCGUCUAAAUAUGGUGGCUGGGAAGGGCAAAACAAUAUUACAUGAAGUGAAACAUUUUUACGUUUUAGUGAUAUACAUUUUCAUCAUAGAAACCAUGUUUACAUUUCCAAAACAAAAGUACAAAGCCGAAACACUUUUACCGCGGGCUAAAUGACUUUAUAUUUCAGAAAACACAACUGUGCAAGACAUGAAACCCUUUUACAGUCCUGGAUGCAAACUUUCACGGGCAGCUGCAAAUAGCAGCUGAAUACACUGCUGAAGCACGUUUACCAACAAGGCAACUUUACAUUGACACAAAAAACUUUUACAAGUUCAGGAAACACAAAGAUAUGACCCGGCUGGUGUUACACCAAAAUCUGUGACCCAUCAGAAUCUGCGACCGUGAUAAGUAUGCAUGUAUGUGGGUACAUGCUCUGUUUUUGUUUUCUGUUAUUCAUUUAUGCCCCUAUCCUGUGGUAGUAACCUAAGUUAACAUGCUUGGUGGGGACCUAUAGAUUUAUUUUUUUAUUUACCCUUUCAGACCAUUAGUGGACAUAAAAAAUAUCUCUCAGAACCUUCUUUCAGGUAAUAUUUUUUUCCACUUUUUAACUCAAAUCUUUCAGUCAACUUUAGUCCUAAUCAAAAAUAUUAAAUGCAUAUUUAGUCAAAUAAUUUCAUUAAUUUAAACAUCAA